GUGGGGGUCAGGAUCUCUUCUGGAAGGAGGCCUAAGGGGCAGAGAGAACGCAAGAGGCAGGAUGAGGGAGGAUGAGGCUGGCACAGGGGCGAAAUGGGAAAUCUGGAGAGGAGGGAUUGGGAAGAGCAAGAGGGGAGUCAGGAGGAGUGGGGAACGGGAAGGAGGCCACACAGUAGCUAGGAGGAGAAGGCAGCUGGGAAGAGGGGAAAGAGAACGGAAAGGAAAGGGAGGAGGAGGAGGAGAAGCGGGGGGAGGAGGCACCAAAUGGCCUGGGUUGAUAGAAGGGGGACAAGGAGGCACACCCAGGCGGGCAAAGGGCAGGUAUCAGCACUGCAAGCACCAAGUGUGUCUUGAGCUCAGUGAGUACUGGGUAUGUGUCACACUGCCAAAUCCCCGAUCACAAGUCUCCAUGAACCGGCGGUGAGCUAGGAUAAUAAAACCCCUGACAUCACCAUUCCAGAAGCUUCACAAGACUGCAUAUAUAAGGGGCUGGCUGUAGCUGCAGCUGAAGGAGCUGACCAGCCAGCUGACCCCCCACACUCACCUAGCCACCAUGGACAUCGCCAUCCACCACCCCUGGAUCCGCCGCCCCUUCUUUCCUUUCCACUCCCCCAGCCGCCUCUUUGACCAGUUCUUCGGAGAGCACCUGUUGGAGUCUGAUCUUUUCCCGACGUCUACUUCCCUGAGCCCCUUCUACCUUCGGCCACCCUCCUUCCUGCGGGCACCCAGCUGGUUUGACACUGGACUCUCAGAGAUGCGCCUGGAGAAGGACAGGUUCUCUGUCAACCUGGAUGUGAAGCACUUCUCCCCAGAGGAACUCAAAGUUAAGGUGUUGGGAGAUGUGAUUGAGGUGCAUGGCAAACAUGAAGAGCGCCAGGAUGAACAUGGUUUCAUCUCCAGGGAGUUCCACAGGAAAUACCGGGUCCCAGCUGAUGUGGACCCUCUCACCAUUACUUCAUCCCUGUCAUCUGAUGGGGUCCUCACUGUGAAUGGACCAAGGAAACAGGUCUCUGGCCCUGAGCGCACCAUUCCCAUCACCCGUGAAGAGAAGCCUGCUGUCACCGCAGCCCCCAAGAAAUAGAUGCCCUUUCUUGAAUUGCAUUUUUUAAAACAAGAAAGUUUCCCCGCCAGUGAAUGAAAGUCUUGUGACUAGUGCUGAAGCUUAUUAAUGCUAAGGGCAGGCCCAAAUUAUCAAGCUAAUAAAAUAUCAUUCAGCAACAGA